AUGGCAGCCGGCGAAGAAGCUGCUGGCACAGUGAAGAGACCCGCAGUGGUAUACGAGACGUCUGAUGCCAAGAAGGCAAGGACGGAGGGCGAUUCGGGCGAGCCCAAGAUAAAUCCUCUCACUGAGAGAGCGUACUCUGACAGAUACUAUGAGAUCUUGGACAAGCGCCAGAAGCUGCCCGCAUGGGAAGCCAGGAAAGAGUUCCUGAAGCUUAUCAAGCGCAACCAGACCGUCGUUCUGGUCGGGGAGACAGGCUCUGGCAAGACAACUCAACUGCCACAGUUCCUGCUCGAGGCCUUUGCUGUAUGA